UGUGUUGCCUACCUCACAGGUGUGCCCCAUGUAAACAAACUCGCUGUUUAUUUUUGUUGAUUCCAUCACCACAUGAAGGUUGCGAUGUCAAAAUGGUUGUGGUGGACCAGUUUUACCAAAUUGUCGAGGGGCAGACGUCCAAAGUGUCUUCAUUUUGGAAGGCUGCCCACAUUCUGGCCUGCAUCGGGUGUGCGGUGUGCGGCCUCCUCACUGCCUUCACCUUCGGGAGGGUCCUCGAGAACUUCGGGUACAACUGCGUGUUGAAGUCCCACCUUGUCUUCGACGCGGGCGCCGUCCCCAACGCCACCAACCGCACCAACGCCAUUGACUUGACCAUGACGACGUGGGGGCCCGCCAGCGAGUGCAACUUCGUCCAGUUCACGCCGCUGGUGCUCAUGAUCUCGGCCGUGGUGUGGGGCACCUACUUCAGCAUUCUCACCAAAGGGGGGGCCGGCUUCGCCACGGACUUGCUUUCGCGGCCCUGGAGUAUCGUCUACCCCUGUCUGUUUUUCACCACGAUUUUUUUUGUUGCUUAUGUGAUAAGCACGUGGCGGUUGACCAAUGGAAUGACGGCUUUUUGCAACCAGUUUAAAGUGGUUCUCAAUAACACCGGCUGUGUCCCAGAAAUUUGCGCCUAUACGAGACAGUUCCAUGAAGAUGACACACAAAAUGUGCUGUUUUUUAAUUUUUACACCAAUAUGCAAGUUGCCAUUUGGAGUGCGGAUGUUGGGACUUGGUUGUGGGCUUGUCAAUUGGUUUUGUGUGUUUUGAGGGUUUUAUGUGUGGCCGAUUUUGAGCUACAACUCGUCACGAUUGUGACUAAAGACGAGGAACGUAUUGAAAGUGUUGUGGAACUUACCGAGGAUGAAGUUUCAGAAGUUUGAGUAUUUUUUAUUUUAUUUUUACAGACGUACAAAUAUUUUAUAUCUACCAUAGCCACUCUUUAAGUACUUACUUUUUACAUUUUAUGCCAAGACCAAGUCUUCUGUUGAAGUCGACAAUACGUUUAACGAAAAGUACAAAAUUAAUCGAAAAUAUACCUCAUUUUUCUACUUUGCGUCUUUAAUGACUAUUAAAACACCAAAACCAGUGUUUUAAUGAAGGCUAUUAAGACACUGUUUUUGGAAACUUUUUUUGGCCAAUUAGCAGUAUCAGGCAAUUUCUAGUGGAUUUUGGAUAUCCACCAAAAUCAAACAAAUACACAAACAAUUGAAAAUUAUUACCUGUAUUAUUAUUACUUAUUAUUAUUGUUACGUUUACAAUAACAAUUGGAAUAGAAGUACCAACCUGAACAUUAUGUGGAAUUCAAUUCAAACAGAAAUUUUUAUGAAACAGAGCAAAGUAGAAAAAAUAUUAUAUUACACUUGUUUUAUAAGACGUUUUGUCGAAUUGCCUACUUUAAAACCGCGUGUGCUACUUACUAUAUAUUGUCUUAUAAAACUUGUAUAAUAUCUGAUGUGGGCAACGGAAUUUUGAUUCAGGGAGGGCCUUGGAAGUUUUCACGUAUGUCUUCUAUUAAUUUUCCGUUGCUCACUCGUUACUACAUAUUAUGCAACUAGUGCGAAAAAUUUUUUUAUUACUAAACUUAAAACAGACUUGCAUUUAAUUUCUUCUUAAGAUAUGCAAAGCACCAAGUAUCGUAUAUUUUUACUUUUAUAUUUAUUUUAUCGAUUUUAUAUAUAAUUUAUGCCUCGCUUAUGAUUUUAGUCUAAGACACGAAUACUAAUUCCUAUUUUUUAUGCAAUGUUAUUUAUAUCACGUGAUCAAAACAAUUGUGUCACUUGACAUCGGCCUACUAUAUUAUGCAAAUUCUUGAGUUCACAGCCCACUCGAAUUGCAAUUUUCACACUGCCUUGCUCAGUUAAAUGUGAUAAGGCACAAGAAUUGAGCUCAUUGUUGCGGACCAUGUUUUCCAAAAGCUCACUAGUGUAGACUUUGCCUUGCUAUGUGAUAAAUAAACACUUGAUCGAUUUCA